AUGGCUUCUUCCAAUACGACAGAAGAAAAUUGGAAUCCAUCCAGCCUUCUUCUACAUAACGCACUCCCGGAUCACCAGGACUUUGACUCGACAAUAUCUGAUGCGAAGCCCACUGCUGAUACUAGAACCAAUUUCUACGACCGAAGUUUGACGAGUCGCAGAUAUGCCCUUGUCGGAAUGGCAUGUUCAAGUAUCUUCAGCUGCUUAUGCAUCAUUACAGGUAUUGUCACUGUAGCCAGCCACGGAAUCAUGGGAGUAACCCCACUCAGCAUAGUCAAUCCUUUUGAAGUUCCUCGAUCGUCGCUGCAGGCGGAAAUAUGGACCCUGAUGCUUGACUUAAUGGUCACAUUAUGUACCGAGUCUAUAGGCUUCGUACAUGGCAUCUCAUUACGCUCCGCGUUAGCAUCAGAGUCUCGGCUUCGUUUCAACACCAAUUUGCGCCUUCUCACCGCAGCUUGUGGAUGGCACAACCCUAAUGGCACCCUGCUUAACGGUAUAUCGUCUGUCCUCCUCAUUAUAUCCUACAGCUCGCCCUCACUCAUCGUAUGUGCGGACCAGCAAGUUCAAUACCGCUUGGAUGUAACCAUACUAGGCAGCACGAGCAUCGCCCUCGCCGGGUUACCUCUCCUCAUUUUAGGUGUCGCACUCCUCCUCCAGGUGAUGAUCGCAUUGUCAGCGAUGCGGGCUGUCAAGAUCUUGACAUGGAGCUCCUCACCUUUCGACUUGACCGCCGCACUCAUCCACCACACGCAAUUGACCCCUACUACUUUCCGGUGCAUGCAUCGUGUGUCUGACCUAGACACAUAUGGGGGUCCAGCGAAGCCAUCAGAGAAACAGCCCUCUGCGUGGCAUGCUCACCCUAGCAUCCGGAAAGUUGUCGUUUUUCUUUGGGUCAUCGUUGCAGCAUGCGCUGGAUGGGCCGCACUCGUCAUGUAUCUCCGGGAUCGCCUUUUUAUCUACAUCAAUCCUCUAACCCUACAAACAUGGUCGUUCUUCCAAAAUUCUGACGGCAAUUACAUUACAUAUGGUGUACCGAGUGGCGGGAUUGAGUGGUGGAUUCUGCUCUUUGUCAUCAUUGCAGGAGUCCAGGGACCGUUGACACUUGGGCUGCAUUGCUCGGAGCUCAUAGUGAAUGUCAUUCGAGACGAAAGACAGUGGAGAUGUGCUACCAAAAGGCAAGGACUUGGAGUAGCGACGAACCCGCUGAAGCCAAUUUUCACUCAUCCGCUUUGUCUCGUACUUUUUAUCGCAAAGCCUUUCCUGCACUGGAUGUUUGGGCUUUCAUUCGACAUAUCCACAGCUGCCUAUAACGACACCCUAAACAAAUUUGAGAUAUAUAUGUACACUGCCCAGAUCUGGAACUUGUGCAUUGCGCUCUUCAUACUUGCCUGUUUCUUUACUUUCAUCUCACUGUGCCGACCGCACGGUCCCCAGCCGGCUGCAUAUGGCCACCUUCAGACGCUCGCCAACCUCGUGGAUGAGUGGUCUCCUGUGAUGUGGUGGGGACACAAGGAGGAUGGAAUCCCGUACUGUCAUGCUGGGACAAGCGAUCACCCGCUGCCGGAUGUGAAGAUGGACUGCGUUUAUGCUGGUGCCUGA